AUGCUUAGUAGAGGAUUAGGUCAAAAAACAACAACAAAAGCAUCAGACCCAUUUGUUCAGCGUCUCAAUCUCAUUAUUUCAGCUUACGAUGAAAAUAGCGAAGAUUACAGAUUUGCUCAUAUUCUAUAUAACUCCCAAAAGGAUACAAAACAGUCAAAAGGACUCUUUGGAGGUAAAUCAACAAGUCUUGGUGGUGGAGGUGGCCUUGGUGGCGGUUUAGGAAAGAAUAAACCAAAAUGUAUUUCAGAAAGAGAAUUUUCAAGCUACCAAGAUCUUGCACCAAAAGGAUUUGAGCCGACUGUACUUAAAAAAGAUGACAUUCCAAACAGAAUGAAAGCACAAAAAGAAAUUCUUGAACAAAUGAAGACAAAAUUGCAUCAUAUGUCAGAGAAAAUAGCUAAUAUUAACAAAGAUAUAGAAUUCUUUAAGAAAACAGAUUUGGCUGAAGCUGCAAGUAAUAAUCGUAAAAUUUUAGAUUUAUCAAUGCAACAGCUCUCCAAGAAGGAAGUUGGGGCCUUAAAAUCUAUUCAAUUCAGUCGCGAAGAACAAGAACUUUUAGAUAAACUUGAAGCCAUCAAGGCACAGCUUAACGAACCAAAUAAAUUUGUAUCACAGUUAAACAAACUAUCGCUUUUACAAAAGUUCAUGGAAGAUUCUCAAGAAGAUCAAGAAGAUGAAUUUAAAAUUCCAGAAAAAAGACUUAAGGAUGUUCAAGAUGUUCUUGAGGUGAAUGGAAAAUCAUUGGCAGCUCUUGAGGAAUCAAUUAAGAUCUACCAAACAUUCGUUAAAGUUCAACAAAAAUUAUUAGAUCAACAGCGCCAGAAUUCUAAGUAA